UUAGCAAGCGGGUGACUCAGCAACAGCAGCCAGCGCGCCAGACCAGACUCGCCUCCUUCGCCGGUUCCGUUUCCGUCUUGCUGCUGCAGGCUCUGAAGCAAAGCAAGAUGGCGACUACACUCUCGGCUCUGGAGGCCUCGGACUUCACUGGUGGAUUCAGUUUCCACAACUGCGCCCGGAAUAGCCAGCUAGAAGCAGAGAGUGCCAAGAAGGGUCUCCGGCUUCCUUCAGCCCGCAAGACAGGAACCACCAUUGCUGGGGUAGUGUUCAAGGAUGGUGUUGUGCUUGGAGCAGAUACAAGAGCCACAGAAGGGAUGGUUGUUGCUGAUAAGAACUGUUCAAAAAUCCACUUUAUCUCUCCAAACAUCUAUUGUUGUGGAGCUGGGACUGCUGCAGACACUGAAAUGACAACCCAGCUGAUCUCUUCCAACAUGGAACUCCACUUGUUGUCAACUGGGCGGCUUCCAAGAGUGGUCACUGCCAACCGGAUGCUCAAGCAGAUGCUCUUCAGGUAUCAAGGUUAUAUAGGUGCUGCCCUUGUUCUCGGAGGGGUUGAUGUCACUGGCCCCCACCUUUACAGCAUCUAUCCCCAUGGAUCUACAGACAAGUUGCCUUACGUCACAAUGGGUUCUGGUGCUUUGGCAGCCAUGGCAGUUUUUGAAGACAAUUUCAAGCCGGACAUGGAGGAAGAGGAAGCCAAGCAGCUUGUGAGAGAUGCCAUUGCAGCUGGGAUAUACAAUGAUCUGGGAUCAGGCAGCAAUAUUGAUCUGUGUGUCAUAAGCAAGAACAAGCUGGACUUCCUCCGUCCUUAUGACACACCGAACAAAAAGGGGGAAAGGCAAGGAAAAUACAGGUGUGAAAGAGGAACCACGGGCAUUCUCACUGAAAAAGUUACUCUGCUGGAUCUUGAAGUGAUGGAUGAAACAGUACAAACAAUGGACACAUCUUGAUUUAUUAAACUUUCAAGGCCUUGGAGUGGGCCAGGUGUAUUGCUUUUAUAUUGAAACACCUUUGUGUAUGCUGGGCUGUUCAGAAUUAAUAAACAUCAAUGGGAAAUAGUUGAUUAAGUGAUUUAAUGUGGGAACAGAGGAAGACUCACAAAUAUGCAAGUGAGCAUUCCUUAUGGCUCUGAAUAGACAAUUUACUUAGUGCUGGGUUACACACACCUCUGGGGACAGAAUGUGGAUAAGUGUCUGGCCACACAGGGUAAGUAAACUUUGCUUUAUGGGAAUAGACAAGUGUAGCCCAACUGGCUCCAUCAAGGAAGGCUGUUUAGCUAGAUGUUCCAUUACUUCCUUGAGAGUAGGCUAGUGACUUUUAAAACAAACUCUCACAGUUAAUCAUUUGUUUGGCACUAAUUUUGUGGAUGUACCUGAGGAGAAAUAAAUGUAUUCACACUGCACACAUUUCAAGUGCCGUGAUUCAGCCAUGUCUGCUUAAAAUGUGUAAAUAGGCCUAAUGUUCCACCCUCCCCCCCCCCCUCAUGUGCAUUGAGUACUACAGGAAAGUGCCACAAAAUGUCAGGGACACAACUGAUACGCUUAUUCAUAACACUUCAGUAUAUGUACAUCCUCCAACAAUCAGGCACAGACCCUUCCCUCUUAAGGGCCUUCUCAAAAGCUUCAGAUAGCUAAAUUAUAGGGGGGGGGAUUGGUGCCAGGAGCACCUUUCUAAUCUAGGGGGAGAGUGAUGAGGGGAUGUUGAUACCAGCUCUCAGCCUACCUUGGGAACUUGAGACUGAAAUCUUGUUGCUAGCUUGUUCCAGAAGUAUGUGAGUUUUGUUAUUUUAAAACUGCUUCCACCAUGUUUGGCUUUGAAUCAUCAUUGUUCAGAUGUUGCAGAAAACAGGAGUGUGCAGGCUUAACGGCAUUCUACUCACGCUUCAAGUCAAUCCUUUUUGUAAGAAACCACUGACAAGAUAAAACCUCUAAACCCAAAGACAUGCAAAUUACCAACUGCAUGCCUCCACGCUGGGUGCUGCUUUUCUUUUUACAAAGAAAACUGUUUAUUUUGUAAGUCAUUUAAAUCUUAUCUAAAAAUGCACAGUUGCAAAAAUUUCUUUGGAAAUACAUUUACUUAAGUGCUAAAAGAUCUUAAGUAGCAAGAAAGAGACCAGCGUUAGCAGACUGAUAUGUAAUUUGAAACUCCCAACAGCCAGAGACUUAUUCAAUGUCACACAUCAAAAAAAUUCUUUGCUUGCUUAAAAAAAAAAAAAAAAA